CUUCAGCCGACGAUGGAUUUCUGAGCGGGUCUUGGGAGCGGCAGUGUGGAGCUGCAUUAAACUUCAAGAGCAUGAGUGAUUGGCUGAUUACGGACAGCUCGGCGCUGACCAGGCUGAUGACUCCACAAAAAUGCGAGCUCCAUCUUCAUCCACCCUGACAUCAAUGCGCCCGCCGACUCGGCCGUUCCUCCUUGCAUGCCGCUUCAACUUCGGACGCUUCUAGCCGCGGCCUUGCGAUCGUUUUGUCGUUUGCCCGCCUUGCCAUCAUAACGAAUUGCUAGCGAUAUUGCUUGCGAUUCCAGUGUUAUGCGUUGAUUAGGUGCCCCCUUCGCUGUCGUCAGGUCGCGUUUCCGACUCAUCCCCCCAAGAUGGCCUCCGCCGACGACCUCUCCCGGUCCGAGUACCCGGCAAUGCUUGCGAACCUGCAACCCAGCCAGGCCGUGCAAGCGCUGUCGGACCGGGUCAAGCGGAUCACACGAGCCAACCAAGAGAUCGCGGAUUGGCUUCAGGAGCGCAGGAGAGUCGAAGAACAAUAUGUUGCUGGCCUCCGUAAACUGUUGGUCUUCAAGGUGCCGAGCGCUGCAACGGAGCUUGGCAUCUUCCAAGCACCAUGGGACAAGAUCCUCAGUUCCACCGACGGCAUUGCUGCCUCCCACCAGCUGUUCGCCCAGCGCAUCGACAAAGACGUCGAGUACUCGCUCCGGAACUUCCAGAACAAGAAGGAGAUGCAGCACAUGCAAACCAUCAGUUCGAAUCUGAAUACAAUGGCCAGGGAACUUGACGAUGCCACCGAGAAGUCGGAAAAGCUGAGCCGAAAGGGAGGCAGGGCCAAUGCGCAAAAGGUUGACCAGGCCGCGGCGAGACUCGAGACAGCGACCCAGACAUGGGAGUCACAGGCGCCCUUCAUCUACGAGACCCUCCAAGCCCUGGACGAGCAGCGGAUCAACCAUUUGCGGGACGUCUUGACGCAGUUCGAGACCCACGAGAUCGACCAAGCGACCCGGACUCAAGCAGCUGCGGAGGAGGUGCUCAACAUCAUGCUCGAGGUCAACACGGCGGCGGAGAUCCAGAACUUUGUGCAGAAAACCACUGCUGGGAAGCCAAAGAUUGAAAGGAAGUCAACGACACGGCAACCAACGCCUGUGACCCCAACUGCCGCGCCCCCAAGCAUCACCGCCGACGACGUCAGCGAGCACUCGGGUCAGAGAGACAAUCCUCCCGAAUCAAAGUUGCGGAGUCGAAUUGGCACCAUGCUCGGCCGCCGGCGACAGAGCAUUCACGGCGGCUUCGGCCAACUCGGGUCCCCUCCGAAGAGCCUCGGUGCCUUUUCGCGCGGUAUCGGGAGCAGCCAUAGCCAAACGCUAUCUCCCCGAGCCUCAUCCCACAAUUUGGCCGAUUCGCAACACAGGCUACCGUCUCUGGCCGAGAGCCCAACGCCGGAGCAAGGGCGGAAGUCCAACGCCGAGAACGAACCAGCGAAGAAGUCCCAUGAAGGCACAAACGGGGUUUCCGGCGGAGAGACAUCCAAGGAUAGACAGCACUCACAACCCAGCCUCCUCAACGGAACCGCUGAAGAUAUCUUUGAUGCCACCCCUCCUCCAUCUCAACCACAGCAGAGCAAGGAGGAAUCGGGCAAGGACGCCGACGGUUUCACGAUACCGCCGGAGAUGAAUGACCCUAUCUCCCAGGCGCAAAGGGACGCGGUAGCCGAGGAAGGCGACCAUAUGUUCAAGCUGAACAUCCAGAACGAGCCCAUCCCCGAGGAGGACCAGGACGCGAAACAAGCGGCGUUGUCCAGCGUUGCGAAUGCCCUGAAUAUGGGAAUGCCGUCACGGAAGGCGGGGACAGUCCGAGGCAGGAGAGAUGUUCGGAAUACUGUUUACAUGCCGUCUCUGCCGACUCAGGAGAUCUCCUCCGAGAACCCCUUCCCGCUCUCGCCUUCAUUGCCAACAAGUGCGACGGUGCCAAAGCUCCCGCCAUCCAUGACAUUUUCUUCCGAGACGAGCCAUGCUUCGGACACCCAGUCUAUCCGAUCCGGCACCUCGUUCGGCGGUACAUCAUCGUACACUGGCGUCACCCGGUUGAAGCACCCGGAGAUGCAUGGGCCUGCAUACGGACCCGGUUUGCAUUCCUCCAUCAUCGAAACCGUGUCUGCUAGCUUCCAGGACGGGGAACCCAACUCGGUGAAGGUCACCGGCGAGAUUGCGCUCGCCUACGUGCCCGACCCCGAUUCCCCUUUCGCAGAUCAUGAAACGAUCCGCCUCAAUAAGUUCCCUCUCCUCGAAUCCAUCGGUCCCAACCGCGUCUUCGUAACCAACACCGCCGCUCCCGACGAGUUCUCAAUCGACCUGUCCCACCUCAACACCACCACCUCCGCCUUCACCUACCGCGUGCAUGCCGAGUCAGACACGGCCCUGGUAUCCCAAUGCCCCAUCGCGAUCCACCCGGUCUGGAAGCCGCAAGCCGACAAGCUCGGCCUCCUGCUCCAGUACCGGCUCAACCCGUCCUGCGCCUUCCCCCGGCCCCUGACGCUGUCCAACGUCGUCUUCGUCGCCACGUACGAGGGCGCCCGCGCGAGCGGCGUGCAGACCAAGCCGUCGGGCACGCACCUCAAGGACAAGCACAUCGUGUACUGGCGCCUCGGCGACGUCACCCUGACGGACGACUGGGCCAAGAUCAUCUGCCGCGUCAUCGGCGAGCAGAACGCCGAGCCCGUGCCGGGCAAGGUCGAGGUGAGGUGGGAGUGGGCGCCGCCGGCGCAUGUGGACGCGGACGCGGACGCCGACGCCGGCAGCGGCAUCUCGCUUGCCAGGUUGCUGCCCGAGGGCAAGGGCAAGGGCAAGGCCGCCGAGGUCGAGGUCGAGGACGAGGAUCCGUUUGCCGAUGCGAGCUCGCCGCCGGCGUCGCCGGACCCGGCCGCGGGGCAGGAGAGGGCGUGGGCCGAGGUGCCCGUCGUGAGGAGGCUGGUGGGGGGAAAGUAUGAGUCGAAAUAAGGGGAGGAGGAGGGGUGGCGGGUGGAGCGUUGAAGUAAUGAUGGGGUUUUGUGUCUUGAAAGCUUGUUUUGAGUUUGCGGCAAGCGGUGGAUAGAUCGAGUUUCAGCUGAUACCGUGGGGGGCGUGUUUUGAGAAGCGAUUUCAUUUGUUGUUUUGUUGGCCGGGGUUCCGGAGUGGCCCUGAGAAGCGUUGGAGAAUUGAGACUGCACAUAGUUGUACAUACCUACAUAUCUUCCUUUGUUGAUUUCAUGGUUUGGACACGAGGUGGUUCAAACGCCAGCGGUUGGGCAUAUUAUGAUGAUAUUCCUACUUCUGUGGCUCGAGCAAGAGCCGUUCACUUGAAUCGAAGCGGCGGCGUUUAAUACCAGUUGAACCUCAAGAUGGGAGCAACAAAAUAAAAGCAAAUCACAGUGGUAUAUUUCUCCCCUGUCCCCAAG